AGCAGGUUGCCAAUAUGGGCUGGAAGUUAGCGAUUACUGCGAAUGUGUUUUUUUGGAUAUCAUUCUGCUUGCAUCAAGUGAUGACUUCAAACGUUCAAACUACCCAAAAGCCAAACGUCCUGCUAAUUAUUGCUGACGACCUGCGGCCAACCUUGGGCUGCUACGGCGACGAGUUGGCGCUGACACCGUCUAUUGACAGUUUGGCUCGUGACGGCCUGCUCUUCACUAAUGCACACGCACAGCAAGCGCUCUGCGGGCCAAGUAGGACAUCCUUCCUGACGAGUCGCCGGCCUGACACCAUUCGCAUUUACGAAAAUCACUGCCACUACUGGCGCCACACUGUGGGAAACUUCACCACUAUACCACAGUACUUCAAGGAACAUGGCUACCACACUGCCAGCGUGGGCAAAGUUUUUCACCCAGGACCACCAACUGGCCGUCACCUGGACUACCCUUACAGCUGGUCUGUCAAGCCAUUUACUCCGAAGUCGCUCUAUUUCGAGAACAAAGAGGUUUGUCCUGACCCCAGCGGUGGCCCCAAGGCCAACCUUCUGUGUGCCGUGAACGUAUCCACACAACCUCUACAAACACUGCCGGAUCUUGAGAACGUUGAAGUCGCGACAAAAUUCUUGAGCAAGUGGACUUCGAGAGAAGGUGGAAACAGCCCACAGAUGCCAUUCUUCCUGGCUGUAGGCUUCUACAAGCCCCACAUUCCUUUCCGAAUACCUAAAGAGUACCUAGAUCUAUAUCCCAUUGCACACAUCAAGCUUCCACCCGACCAUGAGCUUCCCGCUGACCUGCCGCCUGUGGCAUGGAAUCCUUGGACUGAUGUGCGAAGACGUCAUGAUGCCAGUCUCCUGAACGUCAGCUUUCCAUACGGCCCUCUUCCAGUUGAUUUCCAGAAAAAAAUACGCCAACACUAUUACGCUGCGGUGACGUACAUGGACAAGCAAGUCGGAAAGGUUCUGAGUGCGCUCGAUAAAGCGGGUCUUCGCAACGACACGUUAAUUGUCUUCGUCGGCGAUCACGGAUGGGCACUUGGUGAGCACCAGGAGUACAGCAAGUUCAGCAACUUCCAAGUGGCCACGAACGUACCCUUGGUCAUCUCCCCGCCAAGGUCCCAAAGGAGCUUGUCACCAGCAAAAGUGGCUGAACGCGUGGAUGACCCAGUGGCAUUGGUAGACUUAUUUCCCACGCUGGCCUCCCUGGCGUCACUUCCUGCGCCUCCUCGCUGCCGGUCGUCUGGUUAUUCGUCGCUGAGUGAGACGACCUGCACAGAUGGUGUGAACUUGGCUAAUCCAGUGCAACGAAAGGAGGUGCUGCACCAGUACCCACGGCCUUCAGCCACACCGCAGUUGAACAGCGAUCAGCCAGUGCUCGGAGACAUCCGCAUCAUGGGCUACUCAAUGGUGUCGCGCGAUUACCGCUACACGGAGUGGAUUGGUUUCGACGCGACCAACUUCCGCCGAAACUGGACCAACGUGUACGCCCGUGAACUGUACAACUUGAACUCUGACCCCCGCGAGGACAGCAACGUGGCGAACUCGCCAAAAUACAAGGAUCUUGUCAUCGCGCUGUCUUCAAGGCUUCGCGAACUCGUCGAAAACUGAGUGGUGCCUAACGACGCCCGCGUGGACUGAGAGAUAGAGAGAAAACGUUUGUUUCUUAAUCAAAGUGAAACAUUUAGUUGGCUGUUUUUUUUUUAGUUUGAAGAAGCCUUUUUCGAUUCUUAUUUUUGUGUCUGUUCACGAGAACUGUGCUCGGAAUCCUGGUCUGAGGCUGCGAGCCAGGGGCGUGCACUCAGAAAGUUUUUUUUCGGGUACGAGAGGGGGAGUAAACAUUACGCCACCCAGAUAAUCAUCAAGUAAAAG